AUGAUUCCUCCCUGUGACCCCUCUAUUCUUGAGCAUAAUCCUCAAUUCAAGCGACUAUAUGAGAAUUUAACAACAUCGCUCCUCCACCCCGAUGCCUCAACGCGUGCUCCAAGCGCAAGUCCAAACCGCACAGCUGUGGUGGAAACUCAAAGCUCCAAGAAGCGAAUCAAGGAGCAGACGCUUCGGCAGUUAGCCUUUGCCCCAAAUAGCAACCUACCCGCGGAGUGCCACGAUAACCUCGCCAUAAUAACCCUUUACUUGGAGACUCCGACCAAUGCAAUCGAACUCGACACUCCGAGCCCAGAUGCUGAAGCCAAGAAACCAGACGAUGCGCUCUCCUUUCUCGCACCGGAUAUCGAGGCGUUCUACUCCAAUAUCCCAGCCUUCAUCUUACCCUUCUCCAAUAAACUCUCAUCCGCCAUCCAAGUCUUGCGCUCUCUCACGUCCACGAACGUAGACAGAGCCAUAGCCCCCGAAGACGCACCCGCUCCACGCUCGAACCACAAUGCGCGCGCCCGAGCCCGCGACCGUCGAGUUCGGACUUCAAUGGCACCCGUCCCACUGCUCUCAUCACAGCUGCAAGCCCGCAUUCGCGCGCUGCGCCAUACCCAGCUGUCUGAAUUGCCGGUCGCGAGGCGGAAGAUGGCUGCCACCGCGGCGGAGGUAGUUGCUCUGCGGGCGCGAGUUCUCGAGCGCACAGUUGUCAUCCUGGAGCGGGCGAAGCAUGGGGCUCUGGCGCGGGCGACAAAGGCUAAGGCGGAGCAUUUGGCAUUUGUUGCACAGGAUGUGGAGGGGAAAUUAGAGCAGCACCUUCGACAGACGAAGGAGCGCUUAGAGCAUCGGCAGAGGAUGGUCAUUGGGGAAUUGAGAGCUUAUGGCGAUGCUGAAUUCUCAAGACCAGAUACAGAUCUCGAUGCGGAUGAAGGGUCAUUUGAAGAUAUUGCUCGUCAAUAUGGGGUUUUGGCAAGAGAAGUGGAAGCAGUAAAGAGGGAGAUUGCACAAUUAGAGGAAUGA